UCACUUAACACAGUUCACUUCUUAAAUUUGCAGUAAAAAAUUUCCAUUCUUGUUCUGUUUUCUUUUGAGUUUCUAUCUUCAUCCUACAACCAAACAUGAACAGAGAGAGAACUCAUAUUUUGUUCUUCCCUUUCAUGGCUCAUGGCCACAUGAUUCCAACUCUAGACAUGGCCAAGCUUUUUGCGAGCAGAGGAGCCAAAUCAACUCUUCUCACAACUCCAAUCAAUGCUAAGAUCUUGGAGAAACCUAUUGAAGCAUUCAAAGUUCAAAACCCUGAUCUCGAAAUCGGAAUCAAGAUCUUCGAUUUUCCUUGUGUAGAGCUUGGAUUGCCUGAAGGAUGCGAGAACGUUGACUUCAUCAACUCAUACAAAGAAUCUGACUCAGGUGACUUGUUCUUCAAGUUUCUUUUCUCUAUUAAGUAUAUGAAACAGCAGUUGGAGAGUUUCAUUGAAACAACCAAACCAAGUGCUCUUGUCGCCGAUAUGUUCUUCCCCUGGGCGACAGAAUCUGCUGAGAAGUUUGGUGUUCCAAGACUUGUGUUCCACGGCACAUCUUUCUUUGCCUUGUGUUGUUCGUAUAACAUGAGGAUUCAUAAGCCACACAAGAAAGUCGCUACGAGUUCAACUCCUUUUGUAAUCCCUGGUCUCCCCGGGGAUAUAGUAAUCACAACAGACCAAGCAAAUGUUGUUGUCGACGAAGAAACUCCAUUCGGAAAUUUUUGGAAAGAGGUCAGGGAGUCAGAGAUUAGUAGCUAUGGUGUUUUGGUGAAUAGCUUUUACGAGCUGGAAUCUACUUAUGUUGAUUUUUACCGUAGUUUUGUGGCGAAAAGAACUUGGCACAUCGGUCCCCUUUCGCUAUCCAACAGAGAGCUUGCUGAGAAAGCUGGAAGAGGGAAAAAGGCUAACAUUGAUGAGCAAGAAUGCCUCAAAUGGCUUGACUCUAAGACACAAGGUUCAGUAGUUUACUUGUCCUUUGGCAGCCGAGCUAGCUUCACCAACGAACAGCUGUUAGAAAUCGCUUUCGGUCUUGAAGGCUCUGGACAAAACUUCAUCUGGGUGGUUAGUAAAAAUGAAAACCAAGGUGAAAGUGAAGAGUGGUUGCCUAAAGGGUUUGAGGAGAGGACUAAAGGAAAAGGAAUGAUAAUACGUGGAUGGGCACCACAAGUGUUGAUACUUGACCACAAAGCAAUUGGAGGAUUUGUGACACAUUGUGGAUGGAACUCGACUAUGGAGGGCAUUGCCGCGGGGCUGCCUAUGGUGACUUGGCCAAUGGGGGCGGAACAGUUCUACAACGAGAAGCAAUUGACAAAAGUGUUGAGAAUAGGAGUGAACGUAGGAGCAACCGAGUUGGUGAAAAAAGGAAAGUUGAUUAGUAGAGAGGAAGUGGAGAAAGCAGUGAAGGAAGUUUUAGUUGGAGAAGAGGCAGAAGAAAGACGGAUAAGGGCUAAGAAGCUAGGCGAGAUGGCUAAAGCCGCUGUAGAGGAAGGAGGGUCUUCUUAUAGUGAUGUUACCAAGUUUAUGGAAGAGUUGAAUGGUCGAAAGUAAAUAAAAAUAGAACAUGUUUAGUGUUGUAUUGAUGUGAAUUAAGUUUGUCUAACCAAGUGCUAAUAGAUCAAUUGGUAAGAUUUCUGGCAAAAACUUAGGGGUCGCUGGUUCGAGUAGCGCUUGGGACGAGAUCAUAUAACAUGCUCUUAUUUCGGAUCUAAGGGAUGUAUAGGUUUCGGCCUAGAACGUCUUAGUUAUUCAAAAAAACAUAAGUUUGUCUAGUCUUGUGGUUCGUUUGGAAACCUUUUGGGCUGUGCACUUUGUUCUAAUCUUUGUCAAUAGAGCCGAAGUGAAAUCUAAUCCAUGAAAAUGUCUAACAUAA